CCUGAACCCUAGGACGCUAUGGCGAUGGCGAUGAGCGUCUUCCUGGCGGGCCUUCAAAUGCGGGGCAUUCGCGGCUCUCUGCUUGCAAACAAGGACACGCAUCGACCACUUCGCUGUUCUUCCAGCGGCGGCGAUCAAGACACUGCUAGUUCCAGUUCCUACGCGAGCUUCGACUGGGAUUCGGAGGCUCCCUCCGCCAAGGAGCAGCGCCGGCUCAUUCGCAAGGAGCUGGCGAGGAAAGUCAUGACCGAAGUUGUGAAGAACAUGGAGGAAGUGGACUACCCGCUGUGGAUGGACGACGAGGGCGAUCCCGAGUGGAACGAUGACGAGCCCGACGAUGGGUGGGGAUUCGACGUCUCCAAGUUCUUCGAGAAGCCAGCGGCGAAGAACUCGACCAAGAACAAGCAGGACAGGAGAAAUAGUUCUACUUCCAGUGCUGCUGCCACUUUGGAGAGUGAUGGUUCAGACUCAGAGGCUGAUUACGAUGCGUGGGAUCUGGAAGACAAGUUUCAGUGGAUGGUGUGGGAGAUCUCUCAGAGCGAGUGGCACGACGUUGUGUUUGAAGAUAAGAGGCCUUUGCUGGUGUUGGUCUAUGAGAGAUAUGGUCCCAGAUCGAAUGCUUGCUUUCAAACUUUGAAGGAGCUGGAGAAGGCAGUGAAGACUUUCUACGAUAAGAAAAAGAUUGCUCUAAGAGCUGCGAGGAUUGACGCACAGAGAGAUCGAGACAUGGUCGCAGCUCUCAAGCUCGAUAGCUUUCCUGCGUUGCUUGUUAUAAGGGAGUCGAAGCUACUCCACCGGAUAUAUGGCUCUAGGACAGAGGAUGAAAUCCUCCAAGCCACAGCACACUUUUUCCACGGAGCUCGAAGGCCUGCGUUUUUGGGAACCGGUUUAACAACCGUGGAAGCGGUUCCAGAGUGCAAGCCAUCAAAGAAAAAGGAAAGUAAAGUCAACAAAGCUUUGGAAUGAUGAAUCCAUGAAUCUUCGCAUGGUCUUAACCAGAAAACAAAAAAUCUGAGUGAUUUAGGCUUCCCAUCCACGAAGAACCGUGGCUCGAGCGACUCUUUCGACUCCGAGCGUGAAAGCCCCCAUUCGAAGGCUACAAUUAUGAGUCUUGCAUGACUCUUUCACGCUGUUGUAUGCAUUGGUGAUGUAUCUCUGCAACUCCAUGUUGACUUU